AAGCUCGGCAAAGCCGCGCUCGUUCUACAUGCUGCACCAUAGUCGCUAGUGUAUCCGCCCCGAGAUCUUUGUGCUUGUUUGUUUGGAACGUGCCCUGAGUUAUGACGCUGCGCGCCCCCAUCUUUUGUACUGUAAUGCGUUUCAUCAUACUUUGCUGCGCGAUUGCGAUUCAGGGCAGUGCAACGGCGUCGACGGAUGGCCACUUGCUGCAGACUAUUCGCGCGCAGACGGCCCCGCGGCACGAUGCGGUCAAAAACACGGCGAAGGCCGCUCUCGGGAUUAUGCUCGGACGCGGCGGCACAAAGUCUAUGGCGGCCGACCAAUGCGUGUACGACCUGAUGCGAGGGCAAUUGCCGCAACCGACGCUCCGCGAGCAAGCGUGCAGCCUGGUAUCCACCCUGGCCGCCGGGCUUACCGAGGUAGUCGCCCUAACAGCGUCGACGCAACCGUGCACAUCGGCGGCGGUGCCGACGGGACUAGAAGCGUCCGGGCGAACGGAUCCUACCGACGCUCCUUCGGAUACGGAAACCGUGUCUCAACCGGCAUCCUACUUCUACUGGCCAAGCGUGUCCGAUUUCUGGCAGCUGUCGCAAACAGUGCUCCAGAGCUUGAACGAAGAAUGGAACGAGCGGGCACUCCGAUCGCACGACCACCUCGACGCACCGCCCUUCGACGACACAGCCUGCUUGGCCGAUGUGCUUUUCAACCAGCGGAAGUGCGGUGAAUCAAUCGAGCGACAGCCGCAUGCCACCGCAGCCGCGCCGCCGCGCCUGCCGGCUCCGAGUUCGGUCGCCCAGACGGAUGUACUUACCGCGUUCGAGCUAUCCGCCCUCGCAUAUCUAAAACCUGAGGAGAUCAGAAGGGAGCUACUUGGGUGGACGGUCGCAGGGGACGCGUUUGAGGAGGAUAGCGGCGAGGGACUCCAGAAGCUUCUGCACGGGCCCGCAAAGCCUCCGAGAAUGAGCGCCGCUGCUGAGGCGCAAGACAUUUUGCGUGAGUUGAAAAAACAGGUCGAUCCGGUGGCAGGAACGACUGCCGCCGAGCCUGAGCCCGCCUCGUCCACGGUGCCGGGGCAUAGCAGUAUGCGCGCUUCCCUGCUGCAGUCCGCCGCCACUCACGCCACCAAUUUUUUGCAGGAGGCCGCGGCCACGUCCGUUGCCGCGGCAACUGCUACGUCCAGCAGAAACCUGCCGGAGUGGUUUUUUUUCGUGCACGACCGCACAGCAUACUUUGUGCUUCGCGGGACGCAGAAUAUCGACGACUGGGCGGCGAACCUCGAGGUCGAAGGAGACUUCGAAUCACCGGUUUACGAAUAUUAUCGGAAUAGCCGCAAGUGGCGCGAAUACUUUCCACUCUCGUCCGGGGUCUAUCUUAAGCUGCACUACGGAUUCUACAAGCGCGCGGAGCAAGCAGUUCACGAACUGGAAACGAAGCUGCGCAAGAAGUUUCUGUCUAGCAGUGGCGGAACCCUCCGCAGCAGUUCGUGGAGUGCGGAAAAGGUGUUCUCUCCGACUGCUUCUACCGAAGAAGAUCCGCUCUUUCCCACCGCUGCGACGCACUAUCAAAAGGAAGAGCGUGCCGGGAGGAACGGGGCGCCGAGGGGUUCAGAGCAAAAGCCUCGGCAGAGCGGUUUGGACGCAGACAUUGCGUACCAGCAAGAAUAUUACGAAUUCAAGGACUCCUUUGACAAAGUCGUGAUCACUGGCCACUCGAUGGGUGGUGCCGUGGCUUUGCUGAUCCAUCGGCUAUAUAAAUUUAACAAGUUUUUGCGCAGGCUGUGGCAAAACAAGAUCGUGUCGACGACCGUCUUCUCGGCCCCACCAAUUUUUGCUUCCAGCAACGCAGCGAGGGCAAAGGCAGCCCAGGCGUACCUGAUUACCGGCAAAGUGCCGGACUUUCGACACUUCUAUAAUCGCCGGCUGGAACCGGCGUAUGACUUCACCGAGCGCGAAUUUUUUCGGAACACGAAGCUGAUCUUCUUCAACCACGACCUGGUGCCGCAGCUUGCGCACAUGAACGGCAUUUCCGAAGUGCAGCUAGUCUUGCCGCCCGUGGAACAGGUUCUUUGGCUCCGAGAAGAAGAAGCCAUGGUGAGCCAGGAGCUCGUCUCGUUCUCGUCGCAACCGCGUCUAGCAAGACUUUCCGCCGCGCGGCCGGGCGGUGAUAAUAACAGAAGCAACAUGCACGCGACGUACACACUGUCACAACCGCAGGAACGAGAGAGUAACCCGCGCCGGCGACCAUUUUUGGAAACCGACAAGCCGUACCACCCAAGUGAGCUUCAUCCGCAAAUGCAAGAGCUGCACUAUCCGAGUCCUCAUGAUAUCUCGCCCGACUUGGAAGCGGGCGAGCCGAACUCUCUGGACACGCUUCCGCUCCUACGACCGGGGGACGUGUCUCUGGCGACAUCGCCCCGCAGCAGUAAAAGCGGGCGCGGCGGUGUCUCGCAACCUUUGAGUCAGAAAUACAAAACUCGUCUGCGAACAGUUUUCCCAGUGGGGCUGCUUGCCCAGUACUUGUACCUCUCUUCGAGCUCCGCAGGCCGAGCGCUCGGGGCGACAUCGGUAGCAUCGCUUACGGAUUUUUUGUUUGGAAAAACGUUUCACGAGCACAAGCUCUCCUCGUUUCGCACGUUCAUUCACGACCUGUUUGGCGCUGAAACCAAGUGUGACCAGAGCAGGCAUCCGCAUUGCGCAGCGGAGCCUUUCUCGCCGGUCACCGACAGCUCAAUGCUAAUCUCGGGCGAAGAUGGUAUGGAAGAUUCGGAUACCCGAACGGAUACUCGAGCUCUCUACGUUUCACCAGCCGAUUUUGUUGAGAUCAUGAAAGACAAUACUAGAUGCUGAAGUUGCUGUUCCUGAUAUAUGUGAUUCUGGUUUUCAUCUUCACCUAGGCAGAUGGGCACUUCCGAUUAUGUGCUCGUCUUUGCUUGUGUAAAUUGCGACUUUCUACUACGAUGCGACCCACCAUAAUGAAUUUCGAGAAUUCAGCAAACAGUUUCUGGCCUGACAGAGCAGUGGAAGUAAUAAAUGCAUUUUUGGACGAGUUGAAGUUGUUUUUGAUGAAUCCUCCUGCAAACAUGAACAUCUGCGAAACGUGCUGCUUGCACCCUACUUCUGCGUAAUAUGUAAGCUACAUGCCCGCGUCGGCCACGGAACAGAAU